AGUCUGGACUGUUCUGCUGCUGCUGCUGCUGCUUGUGUUCAGCUCAGAGAAGAGAGGCAGCCUCAGGAAGCAGAAAACAGUGUUUUACAGUCUCCUGCAGGGAUGCAAGGACAGGAGUGCAGCUAUUGAGCUAUACAGUGGAUGAUCGUGGAUUUGCCUUGUGCUUUUGUUUUUUUGUUUGAAGCUGUGGCACUGGGCCACCAGUGACUGGGAAUACUACUGUCACUAUACACGGAGAGCUAUUGGCUGGAUAUGCCACAGGUGGAAAGGUGAGAAGAAGAGGCAGGCUGUUGGCCCCGGUGCAACGAGCACAUAUCCCCCAGGUUGUGAAGAUGUGGAGCUGGUUUAUCACUGUGACUGUCCUGCUGUCCUCCAUGAAACGGGCUGAAGCUCAGGGCAGGUGUAAUAAUGUGCAAGCAGCAGAUAUUGUUUUCCUGGUUGAUGGGUCUUCCAGUAUUGGCCGAGCUAACUUCCUGCAGGUGAAGGGCUUCAUGGCUGGAAUAGUCAAGCCAUUUGCCAGCUCUGUCAGCGAGACAGGGAUACGGUUUGGGGCCAUACAGUACAGCGACACUUCCAGAGUUGAGUUUACAUUUACUACCUACCUGGUUGGCACUGAGCUGGUCAACGCUGUAGAGAAUCUGAACUAUAAGGGUGGAAACACACGCACUGGUGCUGGUCUCAAGUUUGUCGCAGAUAACUUCUUCAACCCUACGUCCAGUCGGGAUGUCCCAAAGAUCACUAUCCUGAUCACAGAUGGGAAGUCGCAAGACAGCGUGGGGGAACCAGCACAGAAGCUGCGCAGUCAAGGAGUGCAUGUUUUCGCCGUCGGUAUAAAGAGUGCAGACAUGGAUGAAUUGGCUCAGAUCUCCUCCCAACCCAGCAGUGAUUUCACCUCCUUUGUUGGGGACUUCAAACUGCUUAACACACUUCUUCCUCUUGUGAGCCCCCAAGUGUGCCUCAAAGCAGGAGGAGUCUAUGCCAGUGAUGAGGCAUUUUCCGGUCCGUCCAACAUUCAGUUCACAGGCCAGACUACUGAUACUCUCCGGUUUCGCUGGAGUGCAGCAGGUGGGCCUUUGACUGGCUAUGUGGUCCAGUAUGUGCCACUCUCUGGCCUGGGCCAGCCUAUCACAGCAGAACUGCGUCAGGAUACUGUCUCUGCCAGUCAGAGGACGUAUACCGCACGAGAGCUGAGGUCAGGAACCGACUACCUGGUGACUAUCAUCAGCCAAUACCCCAACAGUGUGGGGGAGUCUGUUGCUGCCAAGCAACGAACCAGGUCUUUGCCGGGGGUCACCAGUAUGCGCCUGAUCCAGGCCGGCUUCUUCUCUCUCUCUGUGGGCUGGGAUAAGCCUUCGUCUCCUGUGCAGGGCUACAGACUCACCUAUGGACCAAGAGGUCAGCCAGAUGCUCAGCUGUUGGAGCAGUCUCUGUCUGCAGACUCCACAUCUGUCACCUUGGAGACACUUCAGCCCGACACGGAGUACGUCGUCAGCCUCUACCCCCUUUUCCCCCGAAACUCUGCAUCCCCGUCCAUCCUCAACGCCCGCACAUUGCGCCUUGAGGCGGUGCAGCAGCUAUCAGUGGAGACGGAGUCAGAGGGCAGUGUUCGUGUGCGGUGGGGGAGCGUCAGUGGUGCGCGGUCCUACCGUCUGGUCUGGGGACCAUUUACAGGUCGAAAUGUGGAGUCUGUGGAGGUUGCUGGUGGCAGCGACGGUCACACUUUGUCCAGACUGCAGCCCGACACCGAGUACAUCGUCACCAUCAUCCCGCUGUAUGAGGGCAACAUAGAGGGCCCUGUAGCAACAGCCAGUUUCAAGAUAGAGCGUCAGGAGCAGCAGGUGCUCAGAGCAGCAACCACCGGCCCCUCCUCUAUUCGCCUCACCUGGAGAAUCAUUCAGUCAUCUCAAGGGUACCGCCUGGAAUGGAGGGAGGGAGAAGGAGGUCGUGUCCAGAGCCUGACCUUUCCUAGAACCACCACCAGCUAUGAGAUAACAGGCCUUCAGCCCAACACAGAAUAUCUCAUCACCAUGUUCACCCUGUACGAAGGUCGCGAGGAGGCCACACCUGUCUCCACCACAUCCAGAGAGGAGCAGCCAGUGGGGAGAGUGUCCAACCUGAGAGUUGUGGAGUCUCUGGGCAGUACUGUCAGACUCGGCUGGACGGGUGUAGCCGGGGCCACACAGUACCGCAUCAUUAUCCUGAACACAGAAGGGGGAUCAGAGGAAAUCCGGCUUAUCCCUGGAAACCAGACGACCCUUGACCUCAGAGAUCUGAUAGUGGGAGUGUCUUAUGGUGUCAGUGUCACGGCGCUGGUGGGAGAAAAUGAAGGAGACCCGGUUACUGUCUACAUCAAACCAGAGCAAGUUGCUGGCAAAGUGACAAACCUCAGAGUGACACACGCAAACAGUCGAAGAAUUCGAAUUGCGUGGGCGGUUGCUCCUGGGGCAACAGGUUACAGGGUUACUUGGAGACAAGGCAACAGUGCAGAGCAGUCCCGUAUUGUGGGGGCGGAGGUCACAGCCUUCACCAUAGACGGCCUAACACCAGAUGAGGCGCUGGUAAUCGGUGUUGCAUCUAUGCUUGAUCAGCGCGUUGGAGAGGUGGUCACACUGUCUAGUCGGACUAAUCCCCACGGUGGAUCAGUGUCUGGCCUUCGCAUCGUUGACGUCACAUCUCAGAGAAUACGCAUUGCAUGGUCGCGUUCCACUAGGGCGACAGGCUAUAAGAUCACUUGGCGCCGUGAUGAUGGAGUUGAAGCAACUCGUAACGUGGCCGCAGACGUCUCUUCCUACACCAUUGAUGGACUACAGUCUGAUUCAGCCUACAGUGUAUUAGUUUCUUCACUUACUGGCUCUCGAGAGGGAAGUCCAUCCACCCUCAGUAUCAAAACAGAGUCAGAUCAGUCUGUGGUUGGGACGGUGACAUCACUGCAGGUCCAGGAGGCCAGAGGAGAGGUUGUCCGAGUCACUUGGGUUGGUGUGCAGGGAGCAACGGCUUAUCGUGUGUCUUGGAGGAGACUGGACGGUGGUGAGGAGAGCAGUCAGCUGCUGGGGGGAGAUGUGACAGCGGUGGAUUUAGACCGGUUGGACCCCGGAGUCCAGUACGAGGUGCGGGUCAUGGCUUUGGUUCGAAACAGAGAGGGAACCCCAGUGACUGUCAGAGUCACCACACCUGGUACCCCCUCUCCCCCCGUACGUACCACAACUCUGCAAGUGGCGGAGGUUACUCAGAAUUCAGUGCGGCUUGGCUGGACUCCACUACCGGGAGCCACAGGAUAUAUUCUGCGCUGGAGAGACGAGACAGAUACUGGUCUAGGCUUGUCAGUUUCGCUCCCCGCUUCGUCUAGCUCUUACCAGGUGACUGGGCUGCGUUUGGGCCGUCGCUAUCGCUUCACCGUGCAGCCCUCCUUUGAAACUGGAUUUGGAACUGAGAGCUCUGUUGAUGAACGCACUGUGUGUGUGGGCGGCCGUCUGGAUGUGGUGUUUCUGGUGCCGGCAUCUACCGAUCGCAUUAGCCUCGCAAGACCUCUGCGCGAACUCCUCACAAGUGCAGCAGGGUCGCUCAAUACUAUCGGAGACCGUGACUCUCAGGUGGGAGUUGUAGUCUACGGUUACAGACCCAAAUUAUGGUUCCGGCUUAAUCGCCACGGCAGGUCUGACACACUUCUUCAAGAGAUCCAGUCCACACCGUUUGAUGAAAGCCCCGGGAAUAACAUUGGUGAGGCGGUGACAUACACCAGGCAGUACCUUCUGACCCCCUCAGCCGGACGAAGACCGAGGGUCCCUGGUACUGUCGUCAUCAUCGCUGACAAAAAAUCAGUUGACAACCUGACUCUGGCAGCCAGCGGUCUCAGAGCUACAGGUGUGACAGUGUUAGCAGUGGGUAUAGACCAGGCGAAUACCGAGGAGCUACGUCGGUCAGUGACGGACGGCAGCACCCAGAACAUCCUGUAUGCCCGUGAUGCAGCACAGUUGGACACCGUACAUACUGAGCUGGCAGACUUGCUCUGUGGCAUUGCCAGGAUACCAGAGCCCGGUCCGGGUCCAGAACAGUGUAACGUUCAGUGCCCUCAGGGUGAGAAGGGAAUACGUGGAGAGACGGGUGGGAGAGGCAGAGAUGGUACAGAUGGACGGAAGGGAGAUCCUGGUCGUGAUGGUCUGCCUGGGAGGGAAGGGCCCAGAGGAGCUGAUGGACGCCCAGGUCAACCAGGCCAAACUACCACUAUUGACCCCUCAGGGGGGGUGAAAGGAGAGAAGGGGGAGAGAGGUUUUCCUGGCAUUGAUGGAAGUCCAGGGUUGCCAGGACGACCAGGUUCCUCUGGAAAUGCUGGGGUCCCGGGUUCACAGGGCAUUCCUGGUGUCAGAGGAGAUCCAGGUGGACCAGGUGUGUCAGGGCCUCAAGGGCCAACAGGCAGUAAAGGUGAAAGGGGUGAACCAGGCUCGGCUAUAGGAGGGGGUCUUCCAGGGAGAAAAGGAGAGUCAGGCAUACCGGGAAUACCGGGUACUCCUGGACGGCCAGGCAGCGAUGGGAGCAAAGGUAGUAUUGGACUUCCGGGGACACCUGGUCAGGAUGGUCGCCCAGGUAUACAAGCAACACCAGGAAUUUCCAUCAAGGGAGACAAGGGCAGCUCAGGAGAUCGGGGACCUCCAGGAGUCGGCAGCGGGGUGGCCGUGAAGGGCGACAAGGGCUCCCCAGGUGUUCCAGGUCUUCCAGGGCCUCUGAGUCCUAGAGGGACAGAAGGACCACAGGGCAGCAAAGGAGAAAAGGGCGAUAGUGGUGAUGGGGCUCUUGGACCUCCAGGCAGGCAAGGAGAGCCUGGAGACAGGGGUCCCCGUGGGCCUCCAGGAGAAAUUGGUGGCAAGGGUGACCGAGGGCAGCCAGGUGAGCCUGGAUCCCAGGGAGACAGGGGGGAGAGAGGACCGGCUGGUGAAACCGGGGACAGAGGGGACCCAGGGAAGCCAGGCCUCGCAGGAACAGCAGGAUUGAGAGGUUUACCGGGGCCCAGCGGAGUGCCGGGAGAAAAGGGAAUCGACGGUGCACGCGGGGAGCCCGGCAGAAGUACUCCAGGUUUUCCUGGGAAGAAAGGGGAACAGGGAGACCGAGGCCUGCCUGGUCCCGAGGCGGCGAGGGGAGAUAAAGGAGACACGGGACAGAGAGGAGAGAAGGGGUCUCCAGGGUCAGGAGCGGCAGCUGUCGGACCUAAAGGAGAGCCGGGAGAGAGAGGACAGGCUGGUAUCAGUGGAAGGCCGGGUGGCAAGGGAGAUCCAGGUGAACCGGGAGAGAGAGCGGAGAAUGGACGGCCAGGAACCCCUGGAAAGCCUGGUCCUGCUGGGAAAGAGGGAGACAGAGGAGAGAAGGGUGACGAAGGCACACCUGGGGAGUCUGGACUUCCAGGGAAGACAGGAGAAAGAGGACUGAGGGGACUGGCUGGUCAGCCAGGUCGAUUAGGGGAGAAAGGAGACAUCGGAGACCCAGGAGAGAGCGGACGAAAUGGCAGCCCUGGACCCGCGGGACCGAGAGGAGAGAAUGGAGAACUGGGACCUCAAGGACCUCCAGGACCACCAGGAAAAGUGGCUGACAUCCAAGGCCAGCUGAGAGGAGAGCGAGGAGAGAAGGGCGAUGCUGGCGACCCAGGAGAGCACGGCGGCAAAGGUCUGAAAGGCGAAGCGGGGAUUCCCGGAGCAGCAGGCCUACGAGGUCCCGAGGGACAACGGGGACCUGCUGGCACGAGAGGUGACUCAGGGGAAAGAGGAGCGCCUGGAGAGAAGGGAGAAAGAGGAACCUCCGGGUUAGAUGGACGUCCUGGUCUGGAUGGUAAACCAGGUGCUGCUGGACCACCUGGUUCGAGGGGUGAUCCUGGGAAACUGGGGGAUCCUGGGAGAGAUGGUUUAGCAGGAAAUAGAGGGGAACAGGGUCCACCAGGACCUGUUGGGCCUACAGGCACUGCAGGGACACCUGGUAAAGCAGGAGAAGAUGGCAAACCUGGUUCUGCUGGCAAAAUGGGUGAGGACGGUGUGCCAGGUGAAGAUGGGAGGAAGGGAGACAAAGGAGAAUCAGGAGCAGCUGGAAGAGAUGGCCGGGACGGGCAGAAAGGAGACCGGGGCCUUGCUGGGCCUGCCGGACCCUCUGGCCCUUCAGGGCCCGCUGGAGCAUCUGGCAGCAUUGGUCCUCCAGGACAGGUGGUGUAUGCUAAAGGAGCAGCUACCCCAGGCCCCCAGGGGCCUCCAGGAACCCCUGGCAUACCUGGGAUCCCUGGAGCUGUGGGAGCCAGAGGGGAUAGAGGUCAAUCUGGCCUCAAAGGUGAUAUUGGAGACCCAGGAGAGGACGGGAUGCCAGGCAAACCUGGGACAGCAGUGGAUGUACAGAAGGCUCUGGCCGUCCUUGGCAUUCCGGCGUCUGAGUUGAAGGUGCUUAUGGACACGAAGGAAUCACCACGGGCCCCUACAGUGCAGAAGGCAGCGAAAGGUGAAAAAGGAGACGGUGGUGAACCCGGACCGAGAGGACUAUCUGGUGCAGAUGGUUCCCGUGGUGUUCAUGGAGAGAGAGGAACAAAAGGGGAUCAAGGGGAGCGAGGACCCGUGGGAGCAACCGGGCCUACAGGUAGAGCCAUUGGAGAGCGAGGGCCAGAGGGACCCCCAGGGUCCGCUGGAGAGUCAGGUAAACCAGGAAUACCGGGAGUUCCUGGGCGAGCUGGGGAACUGGGGGAGUCUGGCAGACCUGGAGACAAGGGGGAGAGAGGAGAGAGAGGUGAAAAAGGAGAAUCUGGUAAAACCGGGCCAACAGGAAUGUCCGGCUCACCAGGUCAAAAGGGAGCAUCUGCUGACUCAGUACUGAUUGGUACGCCUGGGGCCAGAGGCCCUCCAGGAGUUUUAGGACCGAAGGGAGAACCUGGUGCUGCAGGAUCACCGGGACCUCAAGGAGAACGGGGUCUUGUGGGAUCUCGUGGCGAUAAAGGAGACAGAGGACAGUCUGGAGACAAAGGACGUGAUGGCUCGCAGGGAAUACAAGGAGAUCCAGGAAAGCCAGGUCAGGAUGGGAAACCGGGCCUAACAGGGCCCGCUGGUCUUCGAGGUCAACCAGGAAACCCAGGAGAGCCUGGCGUAAGGGGGCCGACUGGCCCCAUGGGUCCCAACGGACUUCCAGGUCCACUAGGUGUGAAGGGUAAUCAAGGAGAGCCAGGUGUUGGCGUCCAGGGUCCUCCCGGUGCCCAAGGGAGCACAGGUCUGCCAGGACCAUCAGGUCCCCCCGGAGCUGUAGGUCCACAGGGCCCUCCAGGACUGUCAGGACAGGUGGGUGAAGCAGGUAAACCUGGAGUCCCUGGAAGAGAUGGGGUGCCUGGCAAAGAAGGAAUACCUGGAUUACCAGGAAAGCUGGGCAUUGCUGGACCUCCAGGCCAGUCCGGCUUAAAGGGGGAGCAGGGAGACAGCGGCCCUCCGGGGAAGGCUGUGGCCGGACCCCCUGGAACCAAAGGAGAGAGGGGUCUUAAUGGUCAAACACUGCCAGGUACCGUUGGAGAGAGAGGCUUACCUGGAGAAAAGGGUAACAGGGGAGACAAAGGUGCUGCUGCCAACAAAGGAGAGAGAGGAGUGGAUGGUGAACCAGGAGAGCCUGGAGAAGAUGGCGCACAGGGAUCUUCUGGCCCAAAAGGAGAUAAGGGAGAGAAGGGCAUCGGAAUGGGGGGUCUUCCUGGUCGGGUCGGGCCUCAAGGUUUAAAGGGCGAUCAAGGCCUUCCUGGUCCAGCUGGUCCUCCGGGGCUGCAGGGGAAGUCAGGUGUUACUGGGCCGCCAGGCCUGAGAGGAGAAAUUGGACAACUAGGAUCUCCUGGACCACAAGGGGAGAGGGGUCUCCAGGGCUUUGCAGGCCGUGCAGGAAAUGUCGGACCCCCUGGUCCUGCUGGACCUCCUGGACAGGCAGGCUCUCCUGGUACCAAUGGGGUCAAAGGGGACAAGGGGGAGGUUGGCAUCGGCGUCCCCGGUCCCAGAGGAGAGAGAGGAGAUUCAGGGCUCAGAGGGGAGGAGGGCCGUGCUGGCUUGGAUGGAGAGAGAGGGACAACGGGUCCCGCUGGGAUUCGCGGUGCUCGAGGAGAGAAGGGAGACAUCGGGCUGCAAGGUGACAAAGGAGAGAAGGGCGACACUGUGCUGGUGGGAGGACCUGCUGGAGAAAGGGGCACCAAAGGUGAAACGGGUGACAGGGGACCCAAAGGUGUGCAGGGAGACAAAGGGGUGAAGGGUCAAGAGGGCCCUCUUGGGGAGCAGGGUCUGAGGGGAGAGCCGGGAGAAAGAGGGUCCACAGGAUUCCCGGGUGCCCGUGGCCCCGGUGGACAGAAGGGAGAAGCCGGCCACGCUGGAGUACCUGGUGAAUCGGGUUUAUCAGGAAAAGACGGGCUGAUGGGGCUGAGGGGGGAGAAGGGAGAGCUCGGUGUCCUAGGAAUGAGAGGAGUCAAGGGUGACCGAGGACCCAAGGGGGCUUGUGGAGGCGAUGGACCCAAAGGAGACAAGGGGGAUGCUGGUAUUCAUGGACGAUCAGGCCUACCAGGAAGAAAAGGUGAACAGGGCGAUCUCGGAGCUUCUGGGGCCCCAGGGACCCCUGGAAAAGAAGGACUGGUCGGUCCCAAGGGUGACCGUGGUUUUGACGGGCUUGCAGGACCCAAAGGAGCUCAGGGAGAGAAAGGUGAAAGGGGUCCGUCUGGUGUACCUGGUCCUCCUGGCCCCAGAGGAGUGGAUGGGGUCCCAGGCCUGACUGGCACUCAGGGAACAGCUGGUGCUAAAGGCCCAGAGGGGCUCCAGGGACAGAAGGGAGAGAGAGGUCCAAUCGGUCCCUCCAUGGUGGGUCCACGCGGUAUCCCAGGGAUCCCAGGGGAGCGAGGAGAGGCGGGAGAGCUGGGACCAGAUGGAGCCAAGGGAGACAGAGGAGAGCCAGGCAUGACGGAGUAUGAGGUCAGAGAGUACGUUCGCUCAGAGAUGAGUCAGCACUGUGCGUGUGGAGGUUCAGGCCCGGUAAAUCGCUCCCAGCCCCCGGUCAGGGCUCGGCCUGCACCAGAGCAACAGCUGGUCCUGAAGGGUCAGGAGGGCCGUGAGCUGCGUGUGGUGGUGAACACCAACGACCCGGACUACGAGCACAUCUACUCCAUCGAGACCUACGACGACCCUGCUUCAGAGCUGCUCUACUUCAAUCCCUCUGCCAACCAGAGUGACGGUGAUGUUGUCAAGGAUGAACCUGACAAACAGACUGAAACAGUCAAAGUUGAACCAAAGAAAUCAGCCACAGUUGAUGUUAAGAAAACAGCAAGAGUUGGUGCUCAGAAAGCAGCCAAAGUUACACCUCUGAAAGCAGUCAAGUCCAAAUCAGUCAGGUCCAAGAGGAGAGUCACAGGGGAAGCUCCAGCAGACCUGUGCCUGCUGCCCAUGGAGGAGGGGAGCUGUGGACGAUACACUAUGCGCUGGUACUUUAACAAUCAGGUUCAGGCCUGCAGGCCCUUCAUCUACAGCGGCUGUGAAGGAAACGACAACCGCUUCCUCCACCUGGAGGAGUGCGAGGAGCUCUGCCUUGGGGAGGCCGAAGGUCCUCAUCCCUUGAAGACAGCACGAUGAUUGAGGACAAAUCCUCCUCAGCCACUGGAAUGUUAGCCUUUUAUAUAAAGCUUUUAUAGAUCAUUAUUUUUGUUCAAAUGUCAAUGGUCAAGAUUUGUUUUUGUUUAUUUAUUGUUUCUAUAAACCCAACCAAACUUUACCCCAGGUUGAGGGGGGGAUACCACUUGCUUUAUGUUCUCCAAACCAUGCAAGCAAAAAGACAAAAUAGUGUUUAUUAGAUUAAAAACUACUUUUCUUUUUGUGCAGUAGUACAUCUGCACACUGAAGAAGAGUGUCUUUGCUUUCAUCCUGAUUUUCUCAGUUUGCCACAGUAUUGUUGUAAAGUACCUUUAGUAUCCAUUGUGUUGCACACAGAUAAUAAGACUUAUGUCUGCAUAAAGAACGGAAGUGGAAAAACCUGACUCACCUUACAGUAUAAUGCAAUAUCCUUAAGUAUAUACCAAUAUGGUGAAGUUCAUGGUGCUUCUUUAACUCAAUGGUAAUUUUUGAGGCUGUAGUUUGUAGUAUUGUUCAGUGAUUAUGUGUGUUUACAUGGAGACGGUCACUCCACUUAUUAUCAGAACAAGAAAACAAUGGUUAAAUCUGUCACAAUAGGUGCAUAUUUUGAAAAUGAAAAUAUUCUUUCCACACUUUUCACACUUCCUCCGAGUACAUCUUUAUUACAAAUCCACACUAGUAAACCGAGCACUUGACGCAGGUUCAUUUUAUUUUGUGGUCAUUAAAUUUUGCCAUUGAUUGGAUUGAUUACAUUAAAGGGUACUUUCAGUAUUUCUCACCCAGGACCCUAUUUUCCCAUGUUUUUGUCUCUAACUGACUAAUAGGGACAACAAUCUCUGAAAUUGGUCCAGUAUUGAGGGAGAGCGCUGUAGACAGCAGCUGCUCACAAGCUGCAAUAUGGUGCUAU